CCGCAUUCUCCCCGCGCCUUGUGUCAGCUUUUGUUAGAUACACAUUGCGCCUCACCAGCUUAAAAGAGACUUUGCACUUUUACUCCUCAAUACCUCUUUGUUACACCUCCAAAAAUGUUUAGUCGCCAGUUCGCACGCGCCACUACUGUCACUCCGCGCGCCGGCGUGCGAGCUCUGAGCUCAACUGCUGUCCUUGGCGGUCGCACCCCUUCCAUUGGAGAUGUCAACCCUACACACGCAGAGGUCGAAAAGUUUAGCAAGAAGCAGAAAGAAUUUCGCGAGCACUUGUUAGAAGCACAGAAGAAGCGAGAAGCCAGUUCGUUGCCCUCCCAUCCGCAGGCUGCUAACGUUCCGUUCGCCAAGUCGGACGAAGGCUCACAGAAUGACCAUGUAGGACAAACCGAAGAGGCUAAAGAACCCGAGCCAUCCCGCAAGGCAGGCCCCUUGACGAAUCUCAUCUACGGCACCAAGGAGGGUCGCGAGCUCGAUGCCCAGCUUGAAGCAAGCUUCAGUCAGGUCCUUGCUCGUGGCAAAUACGUCCACUCAAUCGUCCAACACGAAGUCAAGCACGACAAAGUUGACGAAUAUGUCGAGCUCGUCGGCAAGUGGUAUCCCAAGAUGGCAAAUGCCCCAGAGAACAAGGUGAAUCUGGUCGGAAGCUGGAGGACAGAGGUCGGCGAUUGCGAUACCUUUGUUCAUAUCUGGGAGUACCAAAAGUACGAGGGUUACCACCAGUCUCGAUACAACAUGACACACCACCCCGAGUUUUCCGAGUUCGACAGCAAGCUCAAGGGCUUAAUUACCAGCAAGAAGAUCUCACUCAUGCAGGAGUUCUCCUUCUGGCCAACAACGCCUCCACGAUCACUGGGUGGCAUCUUUGAACUGCGCUCAUACACAUUGCACCCUGGCAACCUGCUUGAGUGGGAGACACACUGGCGACGAGGACUUAAGGCUCGACGUGAGGUCAUGGAAGGUGUUGGUGCCUGGUUUGUUCAGAUUGGCGACCUCAACACUGUCCACCACCUAUGGCAGUUUGCCAAUCUGGAGGAGCGCCGCAACCGCCGCGAGCAGAGCUGGCAGGUUGAGGGAUGGAGCGACACUGUCCACAAGACAGUUCCUCUCAUCCAGAGCAUGAAGUCCAAGAUUCUCGUUCCCAUGCCUUGGUCUCCUGUCCGAUAAAGGCUUGGAAACAGUCCUGUUUGCGAUAUCUUAUAUGGGUCUCCGGUUGAUGAAGAAGCAUGGGUCAUUGGACAGGACAUAGGUCAUGUCCGAGAAGUUUCACUGCAUAGUUCGUUUCUUUUGAAUUGGUGUUCUUACAGGUUUAGCCAAGGAGUGAGGAAACGUGGAUCAUGGAUUACAUGUACAAAUGUAUUAUUUGUUUCUACAAACUCAAUGAAACUAGAACCACCUCCA